CUAAAGUCUCAUUCAAAGAGUGAACGUUGACCGGGGUGCAUUUCAUCAAGCUAACACUUUAUCAAUUAUAAUUUUCCUCAACCAAAGUAUUUUUUAUCAAUUAAAAUUGAAGAUCAACAAUGUCGGAGCAAUCUGCAACAAAUGGACAUGUCGAUACGAAGGCAUCUAAUUUGCCGCCUUGGCUGCCAAGAAUCACGAUGGAAAACGCCGUACGAUCCCAAAUUGGAGAUUUUGAAAAAAUUGUUGCUGUGACGUCUCAUUGUUCUAGUGCAGGUGAUAAUUAUUCCACGUCAAUGGUGCGUCUUCAGGUAGAGGUUGAGCAGUUAGAUCAUAUAAAAAAAAGCGUAUCGUUUGUGUUGAAGGCUCAGCAUUGCAAUGAAAUGAUGGCUGCCAUUCUGAGCAAGCUCGAGCUUUUCCAUAAGGAGGAGCAAAUGUAUCAUUGCAUCCUGCCCAAGUUUGAGCAGCUCUAUUCUGAUGUUGGCAAACCCAUACAGUUUGCACCGAAAGCCUAUAAAAUUGAUAGAGAUUUAGGUGUCGAUUACAUACUCCUCGAAGAUCUGCUCACAAAAGGCUUUAAGAACUCAAAUCGUUUGAUGGGUCUCGACUUCGACCAUUUGCAACAAGUGUUGCAGAAAUUGGCUGCCUUUCAUGCAGCCUCCGCAUGCUAUGUGGAGCAUUAUGGGAUGUUCAGCGAACAUUUUACUGUUGGCGUCUUCAGUGAAAGUAAUCGUCAGCUACUACAGGAAUUCAACGCAUGUGGGGCAUUUCUAACACAGCUAAAAAAAUGGAAGAGCGUACAAAAGAUCUAUGAGAAGCUGGCUAAAAGCGACGACGUUUUGGUUGAUCGUCUUCUACAGGAUCAACAGGUUUCCAUGAAGGAGUUCAAUGUGCUUAAUCAUGGAGACUGUUGGAACUCAAAUUUGAUGUUUCUAUAUGACGCCUUUGGGAAGAUUAAGGAGACAUUAUUUGUUGACUUUCAGGUUGGCAAAUAUGGCUCUCCGGCAAAUGACUUAUACUAUUUGAUUCUGUCGUCGGCAGCCCCAGAUAUUAGAAUAGCAAAGUUUGAUUAUCUGGUGCGCUACUAUUUUGAUCACUUGAUUGAGAAUUUAAAGCUUUUACAAUAUCAUCGGCCUUUGCCAAAGUUGAGAAGCCUUCAUGCAUCGCUAUUCCGUAACGGACUGGCUGCAUUUAUGGUUGUCUCCAAAGUCCUACCAGUUGUAAUGCUGGACAAGCCUGAAAAUGGGGCUAACGCGGAGCUUUACCAGAAUGAUGACGCCAAAAUAAAGGCCGCCAUGUACACCAAUCCAAAAUAUGUGCAGGCUAUGACCGAAAUACUCCCUUGGAUGGACAAUCGUGGUCUUCUAGAUUGGCAAUAGUUAAAUUAUCUUAAAGUACAGUAUUGAAGAAAUCAUGAAGUAAACACAAGAUUUUUUGUGCCUCACAAACUAUACGCGAAAGCAAAAUAUAGGAUGUAGUCAACGUUUUAUAUACUUAUAAGUUUUUAUAAUAAUUAUAAUAGAUUAUCAUGAAGUUGUGCAAAUGUAGACAAACUCGGUGACUGUAAUGGCCAAAGCAACGGAACUUGGUACUCGUAUGUACUUGAUGUGAAAUAAAUCUUUGAUGCCUCUUUGGUUAUAGAUAACUUUAUAUCAGUUAAAGCAUCCUUUCAACUUAAAACAAGUGACCGCAUUAAAGUUGGGCGCAAUCAACUUUUAUAUACGCUUUGACUAGAUCAUCGCAGCAAAUACACGCAUGCACUCACAAUCAUAGGCACACAAAGCAGCUAACGCGUCACAACUCGUUUUCGCUUUAGCGUCAGCUGCGCGUCAGCAAGUACACCCCGCUGUCUAUAUUGAAAAUUAAUUAA